UAAGGCAAGUGUAUUUUCACCGCUGACUGACUCAAGAAACAACUAAUCAAAUGCGCGGGCUCCGCUAAGAGGCGGGAAUAACGGUAUUUACACACCAAUAAGAAACCUGCAUGCUUGACCCUCCGACCAAUAGGAAGCGAGUCGUCAGCUGACGCUAUUUUGCAUCUAUUGUACACAAGACUCGAGUGAAGACAGACGCACUGAAACACUGUGAACUCAUGUCAAAUCAUUCAUCGUUUAUUAUCUGACCUCUUCAGAAAGAUGCAGUUUAUGUUGUUGUUCAGCAGACAGGGAAAACUCCGGCUACAGAAAUGGUACGUGCCACUGUCCGACAAGGAGAAGAAGAAAAUCACACGGGAGCUGGUACAGACCGUUCUGGCCCGUAAGCCUAAAAUGUGCAGUUUCCUGGAGUGGAGAGAUCUUAAAAUCGUGUAUAAAAGAUAUGCCAGUCUGUAUUUCUGUUGUGCCAUCGAGGACCAGGACAAUGAGUUGAUCACUCUGGAGAUCAUCCAUCGAUACGUCGAACUGCUGGACAAAUACUUUGGCAGCGUCUGUGAACUAGACAUCAUCUUUAAUUUUGAGAAGGCUUAUUUUAUCCUGGAUGAGUUCCUGCUGGGCGGUGAGGCUCAGGAGACCUCCAAGAAGAACGUCCUGAAAGCCAUCGAACAGGCGGAUCUCCUGCAGGAGAAUCUAGACUUUCCGAUACGUCUUCUUCCAGGUGUUCUGAGUCCAAACACAUCAUCUGAGUCUUCUGGACUCUUUCAGAGUUAAUCUGGUUUAGAUGAACGUCAGGUUUCAGCCUCGACACGAGUAUUUUAACGUGCCUGUGUACUGAUUGGCUGUCGGUUGCUGUCCGUCCUGCAUGCUGAGCCCCUCCCACUUCACAACACGCCUGCUGGCUCCGCCUCUGCAUCUGCACCGUCCUAUCAAAGAGCUGCACCUCGAGUCUCGUUUAACCCCUUCACUGUGUAAAUUCAGAUUGUGUGUCUUGUUGUGUGUUGUUUAUGUGUGUUUGUGAUGUUAUUCAUGUAUCAUUCAUGUAUCACUCAAUGUGACAUUCAUUCAUGUAGCUGCAGGUAAUUUGAAACACACGUCAUUUCAGAUUCAUUGGAAAAUUCAUUUGAAGCAUUUUAGCUCACAAUAUUUUACUUUUUUUUAAUUUAAGAAUCGUUUUUCUUAGUUCUGCUCUUAUUGGUUCUCAGAUCUCAUAUGUGUGUUUUUCCCCAUAUAAGAAGAUAACAUGAGAGCAUUUAUAUAUAAAAUUGAGUUAAUGUUGUCAUAUAUGCUAUUAUGAUGAAUCGAUUAGAAAAUUUUUAUAUUUAGAUAAUAUUUUCCAUUUAAAUCAUCUAAAAUGUUCUUGCUGUUUUUAUAGAUGAUGUGUUUGCAUUUUGUGAGGUUGGUCUGUGUGUCUGUAUACACUGAACUACAACACAACAGCUAUGUUCAGUGGUUAUACUGUAAAUAUAUUGUUGUAAAUUAUACGAUUGUGUGUGUGUGCAUGCACGUUUUCUGUGAUAGCAAGUUUUGAUUGUGUUUUUAUACAGCACAUGCAUACUGUGGUAUGAAUAAAAUCAAAUAUAAUGACACUGCUUUAUAAAACAUCAUCACACUUUAAAACAAAAGAAAUUGAUUCAGAUAGAAAUGCCAAAAAUAUUGGAAAACUCCAGCUUGAUGUUUUUGCUUUGAUAUAUCUGUUACAUAGACUUAGGCUGCGUCCAAAUACCCGCACUUGGGUCUGUGCACUUGACUACUUACCCAAGUGUUCUAGUGUAGAUCCUAAGCGUGCAUGUCGAGUUAUUCACCCAGUGGAACUUAGCAAGUGUAAAAAUGUCAAUCCAGAUACUGGCAGCAAUUUGCACCAAAAUCUAUUUGUUUUUCUUUAAAUAAAAUGAAGACACGAAGACUCUAAAAAUGAACAUUUCCUGAACUUAAAGAUGAUUAUAUACACUUAUCUGAAACUUUCAGAAGCAAAAUUCUUUGCACCUGUAAAAAACUCUUCAUUUAGUGCAUGCAGCUUUAUUAAAGUUGAUCCUGUUGUCUCUAAAUAAACCACACAAUUAAUGUUUAUUUCCUAAUUAUGUGAUAAAAGCAGUGGCAGAUAUUUUACAAAAUACAUAACAAUGUUUGCACAAAUGAAAUGUGCAACACUUUCUGUUUUACUACCAAAAUAUAUAAUAUCCAUUUAUAAACUUACAAUGAAAAGUUUCUGCGAAUUCUUGCGAGGUUUGGGCAAAAGUCUUACGAUUUACAUCCAGAACAUGAUGCAUGACGGGAUACACUUUGUCUUUAAUACCGCUCAGAAGUCUGGGUUAAGGGCACUGCACUUUGCCAGUUUUAGGAUAUGGGCUCUCGAGUGGCCAAGACCGCAAGUGUGGUUAUUUGGACGCAACCAAAAAUGUGAUUUAUUUGUAAUUGUAGGGUGAAUGUACAGCACUUUUAGCCAUCACUGGAUUUUCCUGUUGAUGUUUUAAACUCCUUUAGUUUUUUAUGAUACAUUGUGUUUUUUAUUUAUAGUGUUUGAAUUAAAGCAGAUGGAUUCCUAUUGCACAGUUUCUGUCACAAAUACACUGAGGUGUGAUUGAGUAGAAGAGAUCAUCAAUAAUUGUGAUAAAAAUAAAUGAAUG